AUGGAGACGGAUAGUUGUUUGUCUUUCUCUUCGCAGCCAAACCGGACACCACCAGAGAACUCACCGGGUUUGGAGCAGCAUAGUUCCUCGGGUUCGUUUCUUCCCUGUGACGAACUUCAGAAAAACGCACACCUUCCUCUCGCGCACCGCCUGAGUCUCCGGGGUCAGGGGGACUUCUACAGCUCGAGCUCCAUGGGACGAUUUAAUGACGGCGCACCCGCGGACUUUACGCACGGGGCAGCUCCCACGAACCCUCGCGCCUCGCCCAACAAACAUAGCAAAUAUAUGGAAAAUAUUAAUCAGGAUCAAAAUGGUUUAUCAAUAAGCGGGAAGGGCUCGUUUUAUGAAAACAACUCCGAGGCCAGAGAGAAGGUGGGUCCCAAGCCCAUGGGCUACCCAGUGAUUGGUUCAGACUUCUGCAUCAAGCUGAAGGAGCCAACCAACGGUCUCCAACCAGGGGACUCCAUAGCAGACUCCAUCGACCUAUCGGGCAAGAACAAGAAGCGUCGUAACCGUACCACGUUCAGUACCUUCCAGUUGGAGGAGCUGGAGAAAGUGUUUCAGAAGACUCACUACCCUGACGUUUACGCCCGGGAACAGCUGGCCCUCAGGACCGAACUGACAGAGGCCCGUGUACAGGUGUGGUUCCAAAACCGCCGGGCCAAGUGGAGGAAGAGGGAACGCUACGGGAAGAUCCAGGAGGUGCGAAACCACUUUGCUGCUACAUACAAUAUCUCCACCUACCAGAUGCAGAGCAACCUGUGGCCAGGAGCUGGUGCAGGAGGGGGCGGGGGGUCCGGCGGGGGCUGUGUCCUGAGCCCUGACACCAUGUCUUCCUCUUGUAUGAGUCCCUACCCCCAUCCCCACAGUAACCUCUCCUCCAUGGGAUUCAUGGGCAUGCCCCCGUCCUCCAGCCACCCCCACCACCCUCACCAUCACCCCCCACACCACCCUGGCAUCAAUAGCCUCUACUCUCUCCACAGCUUUCCUGGGGCCCUCGGGGGCCACUCCUUUGAGCCGGGGCCCGAGACAGAGUAUAAGCCAUCCAGCCUGUUGGCCCUGCGGAUGAAGGCUAAGGACCCUGGGAGUCUUCUAUCCUGGCCUACAUGACCACCACAGUGUCAGGGCCCUACUAUGUACUGACUGAGCCAAUGUACACACACACA